AUGGCAGAAGAGCGCGAACCAAGAACCGGCAACUCACUACCGUGUGAAAUCAUCCGUUUCGUGUUGCUGCCUGGCCUGCGUGGCGGGGUAGCAGCAAGUGUCUGUAGUUGUGUAGAGAAGGGGCCCCAAUGUGUUUAUGUCAGUCUGUUGCUGCAGGCGGGGUGGGCGUUGGGCGUCGGGCAGGUGCGGUACUCGGUGCCGGAGGAAGCGAAGGCCGGGACGGUGGUGGGCCGGCUGGCGCAGGACCUGGGCCUGGAGGCGGGCGAGGCGGAGGCUUGGCGGCUGCGGCUGGUGGCGCAGGGCCGGCGGGCGAGCGUGGAGGUGAGCGGGGCGAGCGGGGCGCUGGUGGUGAGCUCGCGGCUGGACCGGGAGGAGCUGUGCGGGAAGAGCGCGCCGUGCGCCCUGCGGCUGGAGGUGCUGGUGGAGCGGCCGCUGCGCGUCUUCCACGUGGAGCUGGAGGUCACCGACAUCAACGACAACGCCCCGCUCUUCCCCGGCCGGAAAAACCUCACUUUACCGGAGAACUCCCCUCCCGGCUCUCGGUUCCCGCUGGAGGGCGCGUCGGAUGCAGACAUCGGAGCCAACGCGCAGCUCUCCUAUACACUCAGCCCCAGCGAGCAUUUCAGAGUAGAGGAAGAAAACUCGCGCAGUAAAUCCCUGUUUCUGGUGCUCGCGAAAUCUCUGGACCGCGAGACGAUGCCUGUGCACCGGUUGGUGUUGACGGCGAGUGACGGGGGCCGGCCGUCGCUAACGGGCACGAUGGAGCUGGUGAUCUCGGUGCUGGACGUGAACGACAACGCGCCCCAGUUCAACCAGUCGGUGUACAACGUUGUUUUGCCCGAAAACGCCUUAGAAGGGACGCUGGUAGCUCUGGUGAGCGCAACAGAUACGGAUUUGGGAAUAUAUGGAGAAGUGAUUUACGAAAUUGAUACUUUUGUUCCUCCCUCGGCCUCAGAUGUGUUCAGCAUCGAUACGAACAGCGGGGAGAUCAGACUGACGGGCGCCCUGGACUUUGAGACAGUAGCUUUCUACAACCUACACGUUAAGGCGAAAGAUAAAGGGACGCCCCCGCUGUCGGGUCACUGCAGCGUGGAGCUGGAGGUGGUGGACGUGAACGACAACGCGCCGGAGGUGUGGGUGACGUCGCUGUCGGUGCCGGUGCCGGAGGACGCGUCGGUGGGGACGGUGGUGGCGCUGCUGAGCGUGUCGGACCGGGACUCGGGGGCGAACGGGCGGGUGCGGUGCGCGGUGUGGCCGCCGGCGCCGUUCGGGCUGGUGGCGAGGUUCGCGGGCUCGUACUCGCUGGUGCUGCGGGAGGCGCUGGACCGGGAGCGGGUGUCGGAGUACGAGGUGGAGGUGCGGGCGGAGGACGGCGCGCCGCCGCUGCGCGGCAGCCGCGGGGUGCGGGUGCCGGUGUCGGACGUGAACGACAACGCGCCGGCGUUCGCGCAGGCCGUGUACACGGUGCUGGCGCGGGAGAACAACGCGGCGGGCGCGGAGCUGGCGCGGCUGUGGGCGCGGGACGCGGACGAGGCGGGGAACGGGCGCGUGAGGUACUCGGUGGCGGAGGGCGUGGGCGGGGGCGCGGGGGCGGGCGGGGGGUGGCGGGCGGCGUCGAGCUACGUGUCGGUGGACGCGGAGAGCGGGCGCGUGUGGGCGCUGCGUCCGUUGGACUACGAGGAGGUGCAGGUGCUGGAGUUCGAGGUGCGGGCGGUGGACGCGGGGGAGCCGCCGCUGUGCGGCAACGCCACGGUGCAGCUCUUCGUGGUGGACGAGAACGACAACGCGCCGGCGCUGCUGCCGGCGCCGGGCGUCGGGCCGGGGCCCGGGGCGUCGGGCUGGUCGUCGUCGGGUCCGGGCUCGGGGGCGCUGUGGGCGUGGGCGGCGUGGGGGGCGCCGGCGGGGCAGGUGGUGGCGAAGGUCCGGGCGGUGGACGCGGACUCGGGCUACAACGCGUGGCUGCGCUACGAGCUGUGGGAGCCGCGGGGGAAGGGCCCGUUCCGCGUGGGGCUGUACAGCGGCGAGGUGAGCACGGCGCGGGCGCUGGAGGAGGCGGACGGCCCGCGGCAGAGGCUGGUGAUCGUGGUGCGGGACCACGGGGAGCCGGCGCGCUCGGCCACGGCCACGCUGAGCGUGUCGCUGGUGGAGGGCGCCGAGGCGGCGCUGGCGGCCGCGGGCUCCUCGUCGUCGUCGUCGUCGUCGGGAGCGGGGCUGCGGCCGGCGGAGGGCGGCGCGGCGUCGGCGUCGGCGACGAACGUGUGGCUGGUGGUGGCCAUCUGCGCAGUGUCGAGCGUGUUCGUGCUGGCGGUGGUGCUGUACGGGGCGUCGCGGUGGUCGCCGCGGGCGGGUGGUGUCGGGCCCGGGCCGGCGACGCUGGUGUGCGCCAGCGAAGUGGGGAGCUGGUCGUACUCGCAGCGCCAGAGCCGGAGCCUGUGCGUGGCGGACGGCGCGGGCAAGAGCGACCUGAUGGUUUUCAGCCCCAACUUCCGCCGCCGCCCGGCCCCGCGGCAGAGAACGGUUCUGCUGGGAAGGGGCCGUCUCUCUCCCCACUUGCCUCAGGCGUGGUAA